CCGUCGGUUCGCAGAAUCACAACAGGACCACGACCACGACCACGACCCGUGGAAAGAAUCGAACUAGAUUUACUCUCACUCUUUUUCUUAUGAUCCAGAAAUCAAUCUACCCUAAUAUCCCCGUCAGGAUGCCGCUCGUCAGGCUAAAGACGCUGUUCCCGCUCGUCGCCCUCUUCUCCAUCGCAUUUUUCUUCUGGUGCGUCGAUCGAUAUGACCGCGCUGCGUUGAUGCGCUUCAAACGUCCGAUCGACCACAUGUCGAAUCAGGCCCCCGUGCCCGGACAAGCCCAAGCCCCCAGCCAUCCUCAGAUUCAGGUCCAGCCGCAGACGCUGUCCUCUGGCUGCGAGGUCGACCCCGCCUCCGCUCCUCCGCUGCCAUUCAACGAGUGGCUGGUUGCGAAGAACUACACCCGUGCCUACUUCCGUCCGCACCAUGUGAGCCCCAAGACGGAAUUCGGGUCGUUGGAGGAUGUCAACACUCCCGUGCUGGCCCCGUUUGUCGAGAUGGACCGUGGAACCCGUCUGCCGCCUCAGUACAACACCAUGCCCUGUCCCCCGAUUAUCGAUGUGGAUGUGGCCGCGGACUACGAUGUAGAGGAGACAUCCAAGCUGCUGUUUGGUCUGGCCACCACAGUUGACCGUCUGGAGCGUCUCCUGCCGUCCCUACUCUACUCGUUCGGCGACAGCAAGGCGGGCAUUAUCGUUCUGGUCCCCCCGACGGAUGACGACCUCUCUCAGCAGGAGAUGUACUUCCGCAGCCGCGGUCUUGAUGUGACUAUCCAAUCAUCCCCUCUGGAAUUUACGGCCCGUUACUUCGGUCUCGUGGAAGCCUUUGACGAGCACAUCCGCACUGUGCGUCCCAACACCACCUGGGUCAGCUUUAUCGAUGAUGACACUUUCUUCCUUUCCCUCCCCAGCAUUGCGGAGCAGCUGAAGCUGUUUGACGCUACGAAGAAGCACUACAUUGGAUCGCUCUCAGAGGCUAGCUGGCAGGUGGACACUUUCGGCCACAUUGCCUUUGGCGGUGCUGGUGUCUUCGUUUCUGUGCCGCUCUUGGAGGUUCUGACGACCGUCUACGAUGAGUGUCAAUCCUGGGGUGAGCAGCCCGGUGACCAGAAGCUGGGUCAGUGUAUCGAGCGUUUCGGAAACACUCCUCUUACGAUCUGGCCUUCUCUGUACCAGAUGGAUAUGCAGGGUGAGGUUGAUGGAGUAUACGAAUCUGGUCGCCGGAUCGAUUCCCUCCACCACUGGAACAGUUGGUACACGAAGGAUGUGGUCAAGAUGAGCACCGUGGCUGCCGCUGCGGGACGUAAGUCCGUUCUGCGCCGCUGGGUCUUCGACCAGGAGGAAUUCAUCAACAACGCCACCGGACAGUCGAUCCGCACCUUCUGGGUGCUCACCAACGGCUACUCCAUUGUGAAAUAUACCUAUCUGGAGGGUACGCCCGACGAUGUGAUCAACUUCGACCACACUGAGAAGACUUGGGAGGAAGACCCGAGGGGUUACGAGGAUUCUCUGGGACCCCUGCGCCCCAAGGAUCAGGAAGGUGUGAUUAAAGAGCGAUAUCUGCUGAAGGACGCCGUUGUCGUUGGUGACAACGUGCAUCAGUUCUACACCCGCGAAGAGCCUGAUUCUCACCGUGUGAUCGAGAUCGUCUGGCUUGGCCCUCGCAAUGGUGGUGGUGCUGGCGUCGGCGGAGGUCAGACCAAGUACUAAUAUAAUCAUUACCAAGGCGGGUCCUCUGUUCUGUCUUAAUGAGCUCUUCUUCUUGCACAUCCUUCUUUGACCUUGGGGAGAGGGGGACAUGGGAAGUUCUACUCCCGCGUUGUCACCUCUUAUUUUUUCUCCUUGUUUUUUCUUUUAUAUUUGAU